CAGAGGUUUGUGCGAACUUAGGUAGCUGGUGCACACAUGGGACAUCAUCAAAGAGCCCAACCAGAAAGUCAGAGCUUGGAUUUGGAGUGCCAUACGGCUAUACAUUUAGAAGCAUGUUGUUGUAGUGAGGCAAGCAAAGCAUCCUUUCGUUAAAACAGCUGAUGUGGGCUUUGCCCCUGACAGAAGUUAUUUGGUUCUAGCUCUGAGUUUGGAAGAAGUUGGUAUAUAGAUUUUCCCCUAACUUUCAAUUGAUGUGUUUAGCUUUAGUGGGAGUAAUACUAUCACUUAAACCAUGUUGUCGUCUCAAGGAGUUUUGCUACAUCCAUAUGGAGUGCCAAUGAUUCUGCCGGCAGCACCAUACUUCGCUGGACUUGUUCAGGGUAAUCAGGAAGCUACAGCACCUCCUGACACAAUGGCACAGCCUUAUGCCUCAGCCCAGUUUGCUCCACCUCAGAACGGUAUCCCUGCAGAGUACACAGCCCCCCAUCCUCAUCCAGCUCCAGACUACACAGGCCAAACCACUGUUCCAGAGCACACGUUAAACAUGUACCCUCCUGCUCAGACACACUCCGAACAGAGUGCACCCGACACAAAUGCACAAACUGUCUCCGGCACAGCCACACAGACAGAUGAUGCAGCACAGACCGACGGUCAGCAACAGACACAAUCUUCUGAAAACACAGAAAACAAAUCACAGCCAAAACGGCUUCACGUCUCAAAUAUACCGUUCAGAUUCCGGGAUCCAGAUCUUAGGCAAAUGUUUGGUCAAUUUGGUAAAAUCUUAGAUGUCGAAAUUAUUUUUAAUGAGCGAGGCUCAAAGGGAUUUGGUUUCGUAACUUUCGAAAAUAGUGCUGAUGCGGACAGGGCGAGGGAGAAAUUACACGGCACCGUGGUAGAGGGCCGUAAAAUCGAGGUAAAUAAUGCAACAGCACGUGUAAUGACAAAUAAAAAGACCGUCAACCCUUACACGAAUGGCUGGAAGUUAAAUCCAGUUGUUGGUGCAGUUUAUAGUCCAGAAUUCUAUGCAGGCAGGGUGCUGCUGUGCCAGGCAAACCAGGAGGGAUCUCCCGUGUACAGUGCCCCCAGUUCACUAGUAUACACCUCCACAAUGCCAGGAUUUCCCUACCCUGCUGCCACUGCGGCUGCUGCGUACAGAGGUGCCCAUCUAAGAGGCCGAGGUCGCACAGUGUACAACACAUUUCGUGCAGCAGCUCCCCCCCCUCCAAUUCCAGCCUACGGCGGAGCAGUAUUGCAAGAGCCUGUGUAUUGCAAUAAGUAACCACAGGGUGGUUAUGCUGCCUACCGGUAUGCCCAGCCUGCCACUGCCACUGCAGCCGCCUACAGUGACAGGUAA